AUGGCGCAGCGUUUUGCUGGAUCUGCCCCGGGCGGAGGGGCGGGCGGUCCUGCCUUUUCUUUUUUUGCUCACUUUUCGCCCCUUUCUGGGCAGCAGAAGCAGGCCGCGCACCAGAUCCUACCACACCUCUUCUUGGGUUCUGCGGCUGCUGCACGGAGCUCGACGUGGCUGCAGCAAAAUCGCAUCACGCACAUUGUCUGCGUUCACAACGCCGACGCCUCUCCGCAGGAACUCAAACGACAGCUGAUCAGCUCUCGAUCGGCAGCUGCAGACAGCGACAGCCGCGGGCGACCGCCUCAGCAGCGGCCGCAGACUGUCGCAGAACAACUCGUUGUUCAUGGCGACCGCUGCGUCUAUUGUUGCUGUUUCGCGCAAGACACGCCGCAACACGUUCUCCUGCCCGCGUUGUCCCCAGUAAUCUCUUUCAUCGAUAGCGCCAUACAGGACCAGUCCUUCAGAGGCGGCGGAAGCUCUGCGGCAGGGCCCCCAGCAUCGCAUGCGUCCGGCCUCCGCCAGAACGCCCCUCCGAGGAAAGCGCCCAAGCGGAACCAUGUGUUCAUAUCCGGCGUGGAACAGACAGGCAUCGUGGACGAAGACGAAGGAGACACCUCGCGCUCACCGGGGCGGGUGGCAGCACAUGCAGGCGACUCGGGAAGGAACGGAGUGUAUGGAGGAGCUUCUAAAGAGGCGCCGCGCCACGGGAACGUGCUGGUUCACUGCGCCAAGGGUAUCAGCCGCAGUGCUUCCUUCGUCAUUUGCUACCUCAUGUUUCGUCGCUGCUGGUCCUACAACGACAGCUUCACCUUCAUCCGCCGAAAACGGCCCAUAUACCCAAAUGUGGGAUUCCAAAUACAACUGAAGGAAGUCCAGCAACGGCUAGAGCAGUUCCGCCCGACAAUCCCUCGCGUCGAUGGGGUGGGAGGCGGUGCGGCGCCGCAGCGAAUCACCGCCGCCGCCGUAGCGGCAGGGCUGGUUCGCGACGACGCAGACGAACCCGAUCUCUUCCGCAGAGAUCCCACAGCAGCCGAAAAGCUCCUCGAUAUUCUAACAGAGGCACGAGAUGCUGUAGACGCAUCUUCGCUCGAACAGAAGCUUGUGGCGAGCAUCUUGAAGCGACUCUUGGCAACUCAGGAGCUGGUGGAGACCAUGUUCACGCAACCCAGUCUACUGCGAGACCGACAGAAGUGGGAGGAUCUGGGCCUGUUCUUUGAAAACCUCAAGUCGUACUGCGUCCCGGCGUCCCCCGACAUCCUGGUCACUGCUCAAAAAGUUGCAAAACGAGCCAGCGACUUGAAGCUGGUGUUCACAGCCACGUUGCCAGGUGUAGCGAUGGCAGACACAGUCGCUGAAGAGAUUCGACGGUGGACACAAGUGGCUGAAGAGCAGGCGAAGAAGGCCAAGGCGACUGACGGGCCGAAGCAGUCAAAAAAGUUCGCGGGCAGCUGCUCCGCUGCGCCUAAAGCGGAGAAGGCCGCCGUCGACGGCGAAGCGAGAACCAAGGGUGCGCAGACGUCGCUGCAGACAGAGAAGACACCAAGAGAGGACGAGAAGAGUCGGCCCCCCUCCGCUGCGCAGCGGGAUGGAGGCGGCUCCAGUAGCCGACAGAGCAACUCUGCGAAUGACAAUGCGGCAGAAUCGGCCGCUCAAAGCGCGCGGGUGGACCGCUCCGAGGGACGGGCGCUGUCUUCUGCAAACGAUCUGUUUGGAGGGCAUGUCUCGUCCACUGCCAUCACGCUUCGAGAGAAACUGAGGAGACUCCGGGAAAAACGCGCCGCCUUCACCGACCAAGCAGCGAGGGGCCCAGCAGCGGAUCAAGGCGUCAGAUCAAGGCCGGGGGACGCCCACCGGGGACAAGGGGUUUGCUCGGUCGGGUCGGUGCAUGCUGUGUUCACUGGGGGGACGCCUGACUGUGUUGAACAACUCAAGAGCUGCGCUGCAUGGUCGCUGUGGCUCGAGCUGUUCCUGCCUACUGGGUGUCUGUCGCGCGCAGCUUCUUCUAUCGGGGAACGGGUCGAGGCGCCGAAUGGCGACAAGGCACAGCCCCCUCCAAGACCUGGAGCCAGAUCAGCCUCUGAGUCCCGCCAUGCGUCUCCUCCUCUGCGGUCAACCGCAGACUACUGGGGAGAUCGCCAGCGAAAGAAGGACAUGAAGAGGCAAAAGAGGCGAGAGAAGAAGGAGAGAAAGAAAAUGAAAAAACACUUGAAGCGCGAACGGAAAGAGUGGCGUGCAUCGGACGGCGAUAGUGUCAGCAGCGACUCCGCAUCCAGCUGGCGUAGCCGGAGUCCUCCUCCGCGAAGGCCGCCUCGCUCGUACCGUAGUCGAUCACGCUCGGACUCUGUCUUUUCAGGGAGGGGGGAAGACAGAGCAAGGGAUUUCGGCGACCCCCCUCGAAAGAAGAGGUACAACUCCGAUCGUUCGCUCUCUCACUCGCGGAGGGGAGACAUAGACAGAUCCUGUGACCGAAAAAGCCAGCCGGCGGACGAGAGGGACGGCGCCGCUUCAAACCGAGGAAGCAGCUGGGCGAUUCACGAAGACGGCAGACAACGGGUCAGGGACGCAUCCCUGUCCCCUUGCGGCAGACACGGAAGGCGAGGACGGUCGCGUUCUGGAUCCUUUUCGCCGCGUGGCUGGCGCGACGAGAGGGCACCAAGACGGGAGCACAGUUCAGACGCCACGCUGCGCCGCAGCAGAUCGCCUGAGCGAGAGCGGGAGCAAAAGAAAAGAAGCAAGUUGUAUUCGAGCAACUACGAAUAUUCGCGGCGUCAGUCACCUACGAGAAGACGCUCCACGUCUCCUUCGCCGACCGUCAGAAAGCCGUCCUCCCGUGGAAACGGCGAAGAGCAGCGGAAGCCUUCAAUACGGUCGCGGUCCGCGGAUUCGCGUCGGUCGUCAUGGGACGAAGGCCAGCGGAGGCGCACACGCAGCCGCAGCAGAAGUCCGCACACGCGCGCCGGAAGGCGGUGA